AUGACCUACAUCCUUGGUGAACUCCAUCCAAGAAGUUCUUGCACUGUUGGAGCUGCUUGCGAGUCAACAAGUAUCACCCAUUUGAACCUUUCCAACUCCGGUUUGAGUAGUACGCUUCAAAAUCUCAGCUUCUCCUCUUUUCCCAACCUUAUUAGUAUCGACUUUGCUAAUAACAGCAUUUAUAGAGACAUUCCUCGUAGCCUUUACAGCCUUUCCAAACUCACUCAUCUUGAGUUGUCAAUCAAUCGUCUCUCUGGCUUUAUUUCUCCUGCUCUUGCAAAUCUUUCCAGUCUCUCCUUUCUUGAUUUGUCUCAGAAUCAGAUCUCCGCAACAAUUCCAAGAGAGAUUGGAAAUUUGAGAAGCUUAGGAGUGAUUGAACUUAGUGCCAAUAAUCUCUCUGGUGCACUUCCUGUUUCGUUAGGAAAUUUGAGCAGUAUAUCUAGUAUUAAUCUAGGUCCAAUCCCAAAAAGCUUGAAAAACUGCAGUAGCCUUUUUAGACUUAGGCUUUAUUGGAACCAACUGACGGAAAAUGUAACAGAAGCUUUCGGUAUAUACCCAAACUUGGAUCAUAUUGAUCUAAGUGGAAAUAAGUUGCACAGUGAGGUUUCACCGAAGUGGGGGCAUUGCCACAAUUUGACAAGCCUCAACUUCUCCAACAACCAAAUAUCAGGUUCCAUACCACUUGAGCUUGCUAAUGCAACUCGGCUACAAGUGCUUGACCUCUCCAAAAAUCGUCUCCCUGGAAAUAUUCCAGAAGAACUGGGAAGCUUGGAGUUAACGCUCAAACUUAUGCUCAAUGGAAAUCAACUAUCUCGAGAGGUUCCUAAGAGAAUCGGAAUGCUAGCUGAUCUUAAGUACUUAAACUUGGCAGCAAACAAUCUAAGUGGCUCAAUUCCAAAAGAAUUUGGAGGGUGCUUCAAGUUGAUACAGUUGAAUUUGGAAAAUAAUAAAUUAGAGGGAAAUAUUCCUAGGGAGAUGGCUAAUAUGUGCUUUCUUGAGAACCUUGAUCUAAGUUCAAACUUGUUGAGCGGAGAGAUACCACCACAGCUUGCGCAAAUGAAACGGUUGCAAACUCUAAAUCUCUCACACAAUAAUUUUUUUGGUUCCAUUCCACCCAAUUUUGAUGAAAUGAUGACCUUGACAAUGAUAGAUAUCUCCUUCAACCAGUUGGCUGGUCCUAUUCCUAAUUCCAAAGCCUUCCGUGAAGCUCCCCUUUGA